ACUGGUCCUUGAACGCUUCCCUUAUUCUUUUUCGUUUCAGAAACCUUGCUCUCUGUUUGCAAUCAGAACUAUCUCAGCUCUCAAACUAGUAGUAAAGCCAAUAUGACGAGAAGAGAGGGCCACGAUGCGCAUGAUAACAUCCCAGGAGGCGCUGCCGUUGCUCCUCCGCCACCAUUCCUGGGCGCCGCCGCUAAGCAGCCUCAGCCGAUGGCUAAGGGAACUGAAGGACAGUCUGUUCUGAAGAGGUUGCAAUCCGAACUUAUGGCUCUAAUGAUGCGUGGAGAUCCUGGGAUAUCUGCAUUUCCUGAGGGAGAUAACAUCCUUUGCUGGAAAGGAACUAUCAGUGGAGGAAAAGAUACAGUUUAUGAAGGAAUGAUUUACAAACUCUCCCUUUCCUUUUCUACUGAUUACCCUUUUAAGCCUCCGAAGGUUAAGUUUGAGAAUCCAUGUUUCCAUCCAAAUGUGGAUCUCUCUGGCAACAUUUGCUUGGAUAUUCUUCAGGAUAAAUGGUCAUCGGCAUAUGAUGUUAGAACAAUACUGCUCUCAAUUCAGAGUCUCUUGGGAGAGCCUAACAAUGACUCACCUCUCAACACCCAAGCUGCUGCACUUUGGGCAAAUCAAGAAGAGUUCAAAAAAAUGGUGGAGAAGCUCUACAAACCUGCUUAAUUUUCUUUGGCCAUCACUCUUUUGUGUCUUUGACUGCUCUGCAGACUGCAAAACUGCUUCAUGGUUUAUGUGCC